UCCCGGGAUCCGUGGGCCUGCUUUCCGGGUGGAGGCUGCCGUGAACCCGGCGGGAGCCUGGGCAUCGCGAGAAGGGAAAAGCAGCUUUGGUCGCUCACCGGCCCGCUCCCGGGGAACUACACCUUCCAACGUGGGAGGGAGAGGGGGGCCUUGCGAGCAGCUGGGGCUCAGCCUCCACAGACAAAGAAAUGAGAAAAAUACCAAAUAAUGGAAACCUCAAGAUGACGAAGGUGGCGUACCCUCUGGGGCUGUUCGUCUGCCUGUUCAUCUAUGUCGCCUACAUCAAGUGGCACUGGGCAUCUGCCACCCAGGUCUUCUUCAGCAUCACUGAAGCAGCCACAGGGGCCCGAAGGGCCCCACAGACCCACAGUCCUCCUGGGACAGCUGCACGUGGCCAUGAGGUCUUCUAUGGUAUCAUGUUUGACGCGGGGAGCACUGGUACCCGAGUGCACAUCUUCCAGUUCUCUCGGCAGCUUGGAGAAACGCCCACCCUGACCCAUGAAACCUUCAAAGCACUGAAGCCAGGUCUUUCUGCUUAUGCUGAUGAUGUUGAAAAGAGCACUCCAGGAAUUCAGGAAUUACUGGAUGUUGCUAAACAAGACAUUCCUUUUGACUUCUGGAAGGAUACCCCAUUAGUCCUCAAGGCCACAGCUGGUUUACGCUUAUUACCCGGAGAAAAGGCUCAGAAGUUACUGCAAAAGGUAAAAGAAGUGUUUAAGGCAUCGCCUUUCCUCGUGGGGGAUGACUGUGUUUCCAUCAUGAACGGAACCGAUGAAGGUGUUUCAGCAUGGAUCACCGUCAACUUCCUCACAGGCAGUCUGAAAAACCCAGGAAGGAGCAGUGUGGGCAUGCUGGAUUUGGGCGGAGGAUCCACUCAAAUCACCUUCCUUCCAAGAGUUGAGGGCACCCUUCAGACCUCCCCACCCGGCUACCUGACAUCACUCCAGAUGUUUAACAGGACCUACAAGCUCUAUUCCUACAGCUACCUGGGACUCGGGUUGAUGUCAGCUCGGCUGGCAAUUCUAGGUGGCGUGGAGGGGAAGCCUGCAAAGAAUGGAAAGGAAUUGGUCAGCCCUUGUUUGUCUCCCAGCUACAGAGGAGAGUGGGAGCAUGCUGAAAUAACAUACAGAAUUUCAGGACAGAAAGCAGCAGUGAAUCUGCACGAGCUGUGUGCUAACAGAGUGUCAGCAGUCCUCCAAAGUAAAGUGCACAGAACCGCAGAAGUGAAGGAUGUGGAUUUUUAUGCUUUUUCCUACUAUUAUGACCUGGCAGCAACUGUUGGCCUGAUAGAUGCAGAGAAGGGAGGCAGCCUUGUCGUCGGAGACUUUGAGAUUGCUGCCAAGUACGUGUGCCGGACAGCAGAGACCCAGCCACACAGCAACCCUUUCGUGUGCAUGGAUCUCACCUACAUCAGCUUGCUGCUCCGAGAAUUUGGCUUUCCUGAGAACAAAGUGCUGAGGCUGACUCGAAAAAUCGACAAUGUUGAGACCAGCUGGGCUCUGGGGGCCAUUUUUCAUUACAUCGAUUCCCUGAACAGACAGAAGAGUCAAGCUUCAUAGUGGCCAAGCUUCCCAGUCAUCCUCACAGAAACAGUCUGUCUCCAUGAGAACAGGCCCUCUUAGGAGCCCUUGACAUGGAGGGAGGAGGCCAUAGGCCCGGACCCUCUCCCCUGUGGCCUUGCAGACCUGCCCCUGGACUGGCAGAGGGCUAGAAGCCAGUGCAGCCCGAUGCCUUCUCCUGCCCGCCUUGGCCCCAGGUGGGCAGGACCCCAGGCAGGACAAAGGGCACACACGGAGGCUGGGGCAACACACCACCCCCUUCCUGCACGUUGAGCAGCUGUGAUGUGCAGCCCAUGACAGGAUCUUUCUGUCUCCCUGCCCCUGUGUGUUUCCCCCACCAAGUGCAGACUUCUCCCUUUUCCCCACAAUCAGCGUGGUGGUUGUACAGCUGUCCUGGCAGUUCUGAGGGUGAGCCAGGUGAGAACUGCGGCCCCAGUUCUCUGGGAGCCUCGGGGACAGUGUGUCACUGGAAGGCUGUGAACUCUGUUUUUAAAUGUUUGUCUCCUCCUUGGGUAUGGACACGGGAAGUCAUCCACGGUCUGCAUCAGUCCCCAGAGAACAACUGUGUGUGAACUGCUGUAAACUAUUUGUGACUGUGCUGUAUGAGUGACGUCUGUUGUGUGGUGCUGAGUGCUUGUGUAGCAGCCACGUUCUGAGCCCCAGUGAAUGUAUCGCUAUCCUGAGCCGUUCGCAGUCAGCAGUGUGAGAAGACAUAACCCUUGGGGUCAACUGGAGCUGCAGUCCCAGAACCAGCCUCCGGCACCUGGGGUCACAGCUGACCCACCAGCAGCUCCACAGGACAUGGAGCCUCAUCCUGCAUCUGCAGGCUGAGUCAUGGACCAUUUGUUCAGACGUGGGUCCAGCCCACAGGCAUCUCUGCAGUGAAUGUACAGUACACAGAAUAAGCUAAGCCUCAUGUGUUCCUCUCAAAAUAAAGGGUUUAUGAGGCUUCAGUGUCUCUUAUUUCUGUGUGAGAAAGUGACAUAUGUCCACCCCACUGCACCUCGGGAACCAACUCAACAGGAGAGGGUUGACAGGUGCUGGUGCAACUAAGUCGUGUUCGUGUGUAUCACUGGCAACAUCAAAAGGAUACAUGAGGCCACUGUCAGGUCCUCCUGAUGUCUCUUAGCAACAAUUGGCCCUGUGCCGA